CAACUCUGCGCAUGACGAACUACAACGCGACCACAACGACCGGCAAUCACUCAAUCAAGUGAGAGGCCUUGAUUGUCAGCAUGUCUCUGCCAGCUCCAGCGACAUCGGCUUCCAGCAAUGAUGCUCAGGCAUCGCGCCAUAUCUUCCAAUUAUCUUCACAUCCAAUCGCACUCGUCUUUUUUCUCGCCUUUCGCACAGGCGCCAUCCUCACCUACAUCCUAGGCCUCAUCUUUACCAGCAACUUUAUUCUCAUCUUCAUUCUCAUCAUCCUGCUGCUGGCAUUCGACUUUUGGACAGUCAAGAAUGUCGCGGGGCGUCUGCUGGUUGGAUUGCGUUGGUGGAAUGAAACUGACGAGACGGGCGCAUCCAUCUGGCUCUUUGAAUCUGCGAAUGAGUCGGUCGAAGUCAAUGCUACAGACCAGCGUGUCUUUUGGGGUGUGCUCUAUGGCACGCCCGUCAUCUGGUUCGGCCUUGCCUUUAUCGCCAUCAUCAAGUUUGAAUUUGUUUGGCUGACACUGGUUGUGAUUGCCAUGAUCUUGAGCGGUGCGAAUGCCAUGGCCUACACACGAUGCGACAAGGAUGCAAAAAAGAAGUGGGCCAACUCUAUUGCCUCUCAAGCAAGCUCGGGCUUUGUCAGACGCAUGGCAGGUAAUGCGGCGUCUAGGCUAUUCGCAUUCUAAAUAACGUAAACAAUGACUAGAGCUCGUCCUUCUUCAUGACAAACUCUUGCUUCUUUGAAGCCA